AUGGACAAAAGCGGGCCUGGAAGCAGCAAGCCGAAAAAAAAAGACCAUGCUUCAAAAGCAAACGAGAAGCCCAAGGACAAGCCCCACAAGACUGACAAAAAGGAGAAACAUAAAAAGCCAAAGAACAACAAAGAACACAAGAAGGAGAAAAAAGAGAAGAAACGAAAACAUGAUGAGAAUGUACUCGCCAAAGAAGGCGAUGUGAGCGAGGAUGAGUUGCCUCCUCGAGACGACGCUUCGGAGGGAGGCGAAGAGGCAGAUCUUUGGAAUUCCAUUGGAACUGUCAUGGACACUGCCCCUGAAGAACGCAAGCUGGACGUCACGGUCGGAGGAACCCCGGAGCCACAGGGGAAGCAGCCGCCCACGCCCGUGGAGGAUCACGUGAUUCAGGUUCCUGCUGACAUCAUGGACCGCGUGGCUGACAAACUGCCGGCUGUGGGGAACAUGGUCAAGACAGCAAUGCUGGUGAUGAAAGGCAGCACUGUGCAUAUUUCAGGCCCGCUGGAAGCCAAGCUUCGUGCGAGCCAGGGCCUUGCAGCCGUUCUGGACAAUCGAGUCGCGGAAGGAGUUCCAGAUGUCACCACCGUGCACGUGUUGCCUGAGUGGGUGGACACUUGGGAUGGAUGCAAGGCGCUUGAGGAUGAGCUACAAGUCCUUAUCGUUUUCGAGAGGCUUCGCGGACAAUCUGCUUUUUCCCAUGGGCACCUUGCAGGCUUGCCAUACAAACAGAUGAACUCUGAAGGCCAAGAAUUUGAAAAGUACCAGCCGGUGAUCGUCAAGAAGAUAUCACCCGGAGGUACCCGAGUCCAAGUGACGUGGUGUUUUGACGGCUUGCUGAAAGACGAGGAUUCCUCCAAACUGCAAGCGGCAGUCCGAGUGAGCAUCAUGGGCACGCAGCAAAGCAGGGCGAAAGCAGUGCUGCGAAUCCUGAUGAGUGCAGAUCAGGGCGCGCAGGGACUCCUGGCCUCCCAACUGGAGGCUCUGGAAAAGGCGGGUGACGUCUUUGGUUGUGAUGGUGGCCCUGGAAGUUAUGGCCUGCAGAAGUUUGACAUGAUGGUGGACACUCCCCAUGUCAGGAAGUUUAUGCGGCAAGGAGAAUGGCCUGAUGCUGCUGGAGAGGGCCAUGAAUUGCUUGACAGGGUCAAGCAGGUGAGCAAGUGCAGCAUUUUGUGGGUCUACCAGCGCACCGUUGGAGUUACCACAAGCUAUCAAAGCACCACACAGCAGCUCCUAGUCGCUGUGGGAAGCAGGACCCAAAGGUGGAUCGCAGCAGAACUGCUGAGGAUGAUGAUCGUUUCGCUUGGGGCUGUGAGAACCGGCACUUGCCUAGGGGCUUUGCCCAGCAAGCUGGCCGAAGAUUGCACCUUGCUGGUGGUCCCCCAACAGGCCCUGCCAAAAUUCUUCGGAAAGCUUCGGACAAAUUACAAGAAGCUGAUGGAGGACACCAACACCAUUGUGAUUCCAAUCAGAGACCUAAAGGGUUCAGAGAAAGGGAAGGCAUAUGUCGGGGAAGUGGACAAUUUCAUGGAGACCAUGUACAAGGCGGCGGCGGAUGAUGGCACGGAGUUCGCGAUCUUUGGCAGCCCACUGGGACAAAAAGUGGCCAUGGUCAAAACUCUCAUCGAAAUUGAGAGAACAGUUCCUGGAUAUGCGAUCCGCACAUUUCCCCCCGAAGAAAAGGUGGACGAAUCGAAGUACACUGGACUUGACCGGGUGCGUUUGUCAUACGAUUUCCAGGAAGAUGCUAGCAACAAAAAAGCAGAAAUUUUAUCUUCAGCCUCGGGAUGCCAUGUGGAAUGCUCGAAUGAUCUGCUUUUGCUGGUUGGGGGCUGCAAGGAGCGAGCACGCGCCAGAGACUAUGCACGCUUGAUGGCUGGAAAAACGUUUGGUAAAAAUCAAAACCAGUUUCCCAGUCUGGAGAAUGCUGAAACGAGACCUGACAUCCUUGGAAUUUGGGUCAGCGAUGCUGCCAGCAAAUCCCGAUGGUUCAAGGACAAGCUGAAAAUCCUCAUGGCAGACAGUGGUUUGUGUGCAUUCUUUCUGGAUAGCAUGAACGAAAGUGGUGAGCGGCGCUUGUGCUUCGCUGGCCGAAAGCUAGAAGAAAACUGCCACGACGUGGAGAACAACGAUGCCAUCGCGCAGACAUUGGAAAAGACGCGCGUGGCAGUGGACUUUGUCCUAGGCAAGGAUAGGUCUGGGUCAUCAGAGGCCUGGUGGUCGGAGUGGUCCUGGCAGCGAAAGAGGCAGUCAAAGGAAUCGACUCAGGAUGAGCCCAAUGAGAAAAUGGCCAAGACGGACGCCAAGCCUGCUGAAGAAAAGUACUGGCAGAGGGAGCCACCAAAGAUGCAGGAAUUCGACAACUGGAAAAGCUGGAACUGGAACGAUCAGAACACCGAUGCGGCAGCUCACGAUGGCACGAGAGAAACAACAUCGUGGACGGAUGAAAACAGCUCGUGGCAGAGUGGAGACGCAGAUUGGUCCGCUUGGGAGGGUUGGAGCAGCUGGGAAUGGUCCAAGGAGAAAGACAGAAACGCUCAACCUUCGACUCCCGCAUCCUUUGGUCCACAUGGCAACUCCGCCCCUCAGACCCCAGCGCCUUUGAUGCACCACGCUGCACCCCAGACUCCUGCUUCUUUUGGACCUCAUGGAUCGGCAGCUCCUCAAACUCCCUUGCCGAUUUCAGCUGGUACAAAGACUUUGGGUUGCCCUGCCAAUUCGGUGCCGGGGCCUGCCACGCCGGCAUUCCACAACGGCCAUGUAGCCAACACCCCGCGGUCAAAUGUGCCGGAGCCUGCCACACCAGCAUUCCAAAAAAGCUCUCAGACACCACAUGCAGCGCCAAAUUCAACGCGUUCGGUCUCAGGACCUGUCACACCUGCAGUCCGCAAAAGCCACGUGCCAGAGCCUGCAACACCAGCAUUCCACAAAGGCCAUGCUUCCACCAUACCACAUUCGACUGUGCCAGAGCCUAACACACCUGCACAGGCGGCUAGAUCGGUGGCAGAGCCCCACACACCGGCGUUCCGCAAAGGCCCCACGUCCAACACGCCCCGCUCGACCGUGCCAGAGCCCGCCACGCCUGCAUUCCCCAAAAGCCAUACGUCGAAUGCGCCACAUUCGAGGGUGCCAGAGCCGGCCACCCCUGCAUGCCCCAAAGCCGCUAAAGCACCACCGGCCAACGCACUGGCAGCGCCAGAUCAAGCCCUCAGGCUACAGGUGAGUGCCAACGUUCCAGGGCCUGCUACACCUGCAGCUCCUCAGUCAGCACCUGUUGGGUCAGCAUUGGCCUCCGGCGUUCGGCCAGGACCAAUCACACCUGCAAUGCUGAGGGCACCACCUGCGAAUGCAGCCACCAGCGCAGCAACGGGAGGAGCAAGCGGCCAGACGAGCGAUGAGCCAGAACUCCCUCCAGGAUGGCAAAAGUGCAUCUCAAAGAAAUAUGGCAAGGCCUACUAUUUCAACGCUCAGCUCAAGAAGUCGCAAUACGAGUCAUGCCACAAAGUUCUUCCUCCGACAAUGCGAACAGAGGAACAUGUUGUUCUUCGACGUGUGCAAGAUGCCUUUGCUGAAUGUGCACUGGGCACGCUGUCGGCUGUACUGUUGGUUUCACUGUGCACAGCAGAUUGUUCUGGCAAGACGGGGUGGACCUAUGGAAUCUUUGAUGACCUGUGGAGAGCGCUUCUCCUGGGUCCAAGCGCCGUGCCCCUCUACAUGCUGGGAACAUCCGCCUGGCCCAUCGCAUCGUUGCUGGCCAAGUGGCAGUCCUUCUGCUUUGAUCCGGGCUCCAGGUCGAAAGAGCCACAGCUUUGCGAGCAGCAAGAGGUCACGAACUUCCUGAGCCACGCUGAAGAGGCGGCGCAGGAUCAUUUGAUGCCUCUCCUUUGGCAGCCUCGUGAGAAAGCUGGAGCAGCUGAAGUGAUGCUGGGGAUGUUUGUGGCCACGACGUUGCGUCCGUUGACCAGCUUCAUGAACAGUGGGCCCCAUGCGGAGCCGGACUUUGCCAGCACGUGCACAGCGGUAAUAUGCGCUGAAGCGGCCACCCUCUUGUUGAUUCGCUUGCUCGGGCCACCAGUGUCGCGAGACCCCUUGCACAGCCCAAGGCUGUUGGAAUUGACGUCGGCCAUUGCGAAGACGCCUUUCCUGAACCUCACCCAGGGCUCGGUGGUCUUUUCUGCAGUGCUGGCUGUCACCCACUAUGUCUCGUGGCGAUCGCAUGACACCUUCCUGGAUAUCAAGCAUGCCGAGGUCAAGGAUGUUCUUCAUACUGGCUGGGUGCAACAAACUGCCGGAUGCGAAAACGGCUGCAAUUUGCUGCAACAUUUUCAAAACCAGGGCAUAGCUGGCCUUCAGAAAUUGUGGGAGGCUGCUAGCUCAAAUUCACAUCUUUCCCCGCUUUGGAAGCAGAUCGCACGCUGGCUGAAUUCUCUAGAGCGGAAGAAGCCUACACCUGUCUAUGUAGCUGCUGGCUGCGGUGCUAUCAAUGUGCGUUGGCUAAUGUAUUUCCUGAACCGCGCAGCUGAUUUAAGACUGCCGCAAGUGAUCUUUGUCACAGCAGAGGUGGAGUGGCUACUGGCCUGUGAAGAUGUGCGGCACAGCCGGAAAAUGACUGGCUUGUUGUGCAUCCGCAUUGGUCAUGGAUAUAUCAAGCCACUAGACCUCCAUGACAAGGCAAAAUUCUAUUUGUUUCCUAUACUUCUGUCACUUGGGAUGGACAUUGUCUCCCUGGACUUGGACGUGUUUCUCUUCAAGGAUCCUACUGCAUGGCUUUUGCAAGCCGUUUAUCGACAGAAAGCACCACCUUUGGAUGUUGCUGUUAUGGACCACUUUGAUGGAACCUGCUUGAAUGCUGGCGUGAUCUUUGUCAGAGCCAGUGACAGCGCCCUUCUGUGGGUCUUGCAAUACAUCAACUGGAUGCACAUCUAUCCCUUCGGUCACUACCAGAAUGGCUUAGAUGCAUUCCUCAAGCAUUCAGUGGUUGAACCGCAGAUGCCAGAGCAGUUGACCAAUGUGUCUUACGGCGUGCUGGCCGCGGAUCUUGAGUAUGUGACAUUGGCAGGCUGGACGGGAUCCAUGCACAAGCAACGACAUCGAGCUCUCUUGCUUCAUUUCACAUCAGCGACUUCCAUGGGCCUAUCUCCGAUGGAAAGACAGGCGCAGCUGCUGAACCUGUUCAACGCCACUGCGCGCAGAAGCAGCGAGAAGGAGCCAGACGUGCGCCGGCUGCAGAUGGCCAAGUGGAAGGUCUUAAAUCGCUUGAAGACCAGCGCUCAAAGGUGGAAGACGCCAUGCUAUGUGGGUAUUCACACUACGGUGGCGCAGCUUGUUGAGGCAGGGCUCUACGAAGAGAUUUUGUCCUGA